GACACGUUAAGGUCAUCGUAAGAGGGAUCACUCGAUUUACUUCAUCAGUUACUUUACGAGGUGAAGAAAAGAGGACUAAUUAUGCGGGAGUGUCUAAGCAUCCAUGUUGGUCAGGCCGGCGUUCAAAUCGGAAAUGCCUGCUGGGAACUCUACUGUCUGGAACAUGGCAUUCAACCCGAUGGUCAGAUGCCCUCAGACAAAACCAUCGGGGGUGGGGACGACUCCUUUAACACCUUCUUCAGCGAAACUGGGGCAGGGAAGCACGUCCCCAGGGCUGUCUUUGUGGAUCUUGAGCCUACUGUUGUUGACGAAGUCCGCACUGGGACAUACCGACAGCUUUUCCACCCCGAGCAACUAAUUACAGGUAAGGAAGAUGCUGCCAACAACUACGCCCGUGGUCACUACACCAUUGGCAAGGAGAUCGUUGACCUUGUCCUGGACAGGAUUCGUAAGCUCGCUGACCAGUGUACUGGGCUUCAGGGAUUCCUCAUCUUCCACAGCUUCGGUGGAGGCACCGGCUCUGGAUUUACCUCCCUUCUCAUGGAACGUCUCAGCGUCGAUUACGGCAAGAAGUCCAAGCUGGAAUUCGCUGUCUAUCCGGCACCCCAGGUUUCAACUGCUGUGGUUGAGCCCUACAACUCCAUCCUGACCACCCAUACCACCCUGGAGCACUCCGACUGCGCCUUCAUGGUCGACAACGAGGCUAUCUACGACAUCUGUCGCCGUAACCUCGACAUCGAACGUCCUACCUACACCAACCUCAAUCGUCUGAUUGGUCAGAUCGUCAGCUCCAUCACGGCUUCUCUUCGAUUUGACGGCGCCCUGAACGUCGACUUGACCGAGUUCCAGACCAACCUGGUACCCUACCCACGUAUCCACUUCCCACUGGCAACCUACGCCCCAGUCAUUUCUGCCGAGAAGGCUUACCACGAGCAGCUCUCCAUUGCGGAAAUUACAAAUGCGACCUUCGAACCAGCCAACCAGAUGGUGAAAUGCGAUCCACGUCACGGUAAAUACAUGGCCUGUUGCAUGUUGUACAGAGGUGACGUCGUGCCCAAAGACGUCAAUGCAGCAAUUGCUACCAUCAAGACCAAGAGAACCAUCCAGUUCGUCGACUGGUGUCCCACUGGUUUCAAGGUCGGCAUCAACUACCAGCCUCCAACCGUCGUCCCUGGUGGUGAUCUGGCUAAGGUACAGAGAGCCGUGUGCAUGUUGAGCAACACAACGGCUAUUGCUGAGGCCUGGGCUCGUCUUGAUCACAAAUUUGACCUGAUGUACGCCAAACGUGCCUUUGUCCACUGGUACGUGGGAGAAGGUAUGGAGGAGGGCGAGUUCUCUGAGGCCCGUGAGGAUUUGGCCGCUCUGGAGAAGGACUACGAGGAGGUUGGAGUGGACUCCGUGGAGGGAGAAGGCGACGAAGGGGAAGAUGAAUAUUAAUGUUAUUCUGCACUUCUAACGGAGUGUUAUUAGCAUUUUAUCACUUUGUGUAUCUAGUUGCAGAAGUUAUUUUCAAUGUGCCAUAAACAUAUGUAUCAUGUGUGUGUGUAUAUAUCUAUGUAAAUGUGAAAAUACAUAUAAAUUUGUAAAAGAGAUCAAUUUCGGUAAGGAUAUUGCUCUUCAAAAAUGAAGUGUCUAAGAAGUGAAAUAUAAGGAUGUACCCCCCCCCCCCCUUCCCCUCUCCGUCCUACCCUACCCACACCCCCACCCACCCCCACACACAUUCUUUGUAGCCAAAUUUUACAAAUACAUUACUUUACAGUGUUUUUAUAGUUUACUGUACGUGGGAAGGUUUUCCAACAACCUGCGGAUGGUCGUGGGUUUCCCCCGGGCUCUGCCCGGUUUCCUACCACCAUAAUGCUGGCCGCCCUCGUAUAAGUGAAAUAUUCUUGAGUUCGGCGUAAAACAAAUGAAUAAAUAAAUAAAUUUUAUAGUUUAUUUUCACGAAGGUAUGGGGUGGGGCAAGUCAUUUGUUGAACAUAUUCGAGGUAGGCUAGUUUAAUAUGUCUACAUUGUAAAAUUUGUCUGUGACACGGAACAGUGGCUCACACAAAUCUGCUCCGACGGGUUGACUUAGAAACACGGGUGUCGACGACAGAAGAUUGUGUCAGUUUGAAAUGCAUCUACGUGUGCUCGACCGUUCACAUAUGCACAAUGUAUAUCAAUAUAUGUGUACUUUCUUACCACAAUGAGAAGAAUAAUUUAACUUUUCCGUUUUUAUUGGUUAGCUUGUCCCCUGUGUUAGAAAUGUAAGCAAACAUCUUUAUUCCUCAAGUGUGGAUCCUUUGAUAUAUGGUGUAUAACGAUGGCAGUAUGUGUCUAAACGUCAACGAUUCGAGUCAGCACACCUGCUCGUGGGAUAAGCUCGACACGAUAGAUCAAACAACGAAGCGCCUCUUGCUUUGCCGCUAAGCUUUACGUGUAGGACGGCACUUCACCACAUAGCCGUCGCACAGACGAUGUACCGAUCUCACAAAGCUGUUCUGGUUCUCACCCCAUAUCCAUGCAUAAUUAUGUAGCAUACGUUCGCAAUUAAGACAAUAUGAAAUACGUCAUCUUUACUGAGAAUGCCAGCACAAAUAUUCAGUCAACCAGCUUGUACAUACAAUGCGUACUAAAAUGUACGUUGUUCAUCGAUACAAAUAUUACGACCAUUCUAGGCUUUUUGAAGUAUAUAUUUGUACUUUACUUACUUCUGUAAAAGUGAACAAUAUGUGUUAUUUUAUGAAUUAAGCUUUAAUUAUUGCAAUACACAAACGCCAAUCAUAACUGAUAUAUUAAAAUUCACCGCAUACCAUGUUUGGUCAUUUUAUGGAAAACUGGGACUACUAUAACACUUCUGUUAUAGUAGUCCCAGCUGUACAUGAUACAUGUGCAUUGCUUAAUACAAUGUUUUAUAUUUGAUUGUUAUUUCGUCAGUGUCAUUUUGUUUCAUCUGUAUCUUUUUAUCUCUUUAAUAUUGCAGUUGAUCUUAAGGUGAGAAAAACACAUCCUUGUGGCACAAGCCUAUACCGUUAUGUCCACCAUCUGCCAUCAGGCUUUUGUGUUGACCGGCUUCCUAAAAGCUUUGCGUUUAUGUUUCAGUCUACAGUUGCAUGUACGAAAUCAAUAAAGAUAAACAACACCGUU